CUCUAUUCUUUUUUUUAGCACCAUGCGGAACAAAAGUCAACCACCACAAAUUUAUUCUAGCACCAUGCGAAACAAAAGUCAACCACGGACAACCAGACCAAUCAGAUGCUAGUCAGCGGGCGUGUCGCCGCCGGAUAUCCGGUCGGUGAUGCCGCGAGCGCGGAACGCCGGCGCACGGCGGUGUCGAUAUACUAUAAUGAAAACCAGCGAGGGCGAGAGCGAGUCUGACAUCCCUGCAGAAGGCGUCGCCCACAUUUCGCCGAGCACCUCGCGCGCGUGCCCAUGGAGGGAGGCCGGGUCCACCCGCAGCCGCAGCAGCGCCCGGGGAGCGAGCGCACCAGGCUGGGCGUCUACCACGACGUGCUGCGCCGCCUCAGGGGCGCCGCCGCGCCCGAGGCGCUCGCGCCGGACUUCGCCGACAGCCUCUGGGCGCACUUCCACCGCUUCAGCGUCAGGUACGCGUUGGAUGUGAACGCCGAGAGGGCGGAGGAUGUUCUGGUGCACAUGCAGCUGCUCGACAGGGCUAAGCACUCGGACAACCAGCCAGCCUUCUCAGUCAGAGUUGUUCAGGUGCCCGUGCCUCCAGAGCUUGUUGCCACUGAACCCGAUUCUUCUGACCCCAAUUCGAUGGAAGAGGGCGCCUUUGCAACCUCAAGAAAACUCAAUGUGCACCCAGAACCAAUUUUCGGCUCCUCACAGAACCUUAAGGCCCUUGUACGUGAAGCCAGCAGCAGGAACCUCCUGGAUGAUGGCGAUGCUGUUCUCAGAAACGGUGUCAUCUUCCGCCAGGAGACGUUGUCGUUGCAUCAAACUCUGCAAGCCUGCAAGCAGGAAGCAAAAGCAUGGAGCUGUCGCCUGCCUUGCGCUGAAAAGGGCAUUGGCGACCAAUGGUGUUCCCUUUUUUCUUCGGCAAUGCCCAUGCAUGAAAUCACUUUUGCAUCCCACGACAGGCCAAAGGGCCUUACUCAAUUGUCUGCACUUCUAGGCCAGCUAAAUCUUGAUAUCAAGGAAGUACAUGCACUUUCAACAAAUGAUGGCUACUUCUUAGAUAUUUUCAUUGUGGUCGGAUGGGAUCACAAGGAAACUCUACAGCUUGAAGAAGCAUUGGAAAAGGAAAUUCACAACUAUAAGGCACAGAUGCAUUCAACAUCUUCUUGCUGGCCUCCUGAAUUGGCAGGCAAGCAGUGUCCGAAUAACUCACAAGAAGGCAGCCAUGUUGAGAUACCUAAAGAUAACACUGACGAAUGGGAGAUUAAUUUCAAAGCAUUGGCAUUUCAAGACAAAGUGGCAUCUGGAACGUAUGGAGAUCUUUAUCAUGGUACAUACUUCGGUGAGGAUGUUGCUAUCAAGGUACUCAAAUCAGAUCGCCUUAAUGAGAACAUGGAAAAGGAGUUUGCUCACGAAGUAUAUAUCAUGAGGAAGAUCCGUCACAAGAAUAUUGUUCGAUUUCUUGGGGCAUGCACCAAGCCAAAAACUUUAUGCAUUGUCACAGAAUUCAUGAAAAAUGGAAGUGUGUAUGAUUUCCUUCACAAGCGUAAAGGUUCCUUCAAACUUCCUAGUCUACUUAAAGCUGCAGUUGACAUAUCAAAAGGGAUGGACUAUUUACACCAAAAUAGAAUUAUUCAUCGAGAUUUGAAGACUGCCAAUCUUCUAAUGGAUGAGCAUGAGCUCAUCAAGGUUGCUGACUUUGGUGUUGCACGUGUCAAAGCUGAGUCAGGUGUAAUGACAGCGGAAACUGGCACAUAUCGUUGGAUGGCUCCGGAGGUUAUAGAGCACAAACCAUACGACUCCAAAGCUGAUGUAUUUAGCUUCGGCAUUGCUCUGUGGGAGCUGCUAACUGGAAAGAUUCCUUAUGAUUUUCUAACACCACUCCAAGCAGCCAUUGGUGUUGUCCAGGAGGGCUUAAGACCAGUGAUCCCAAGGGGCACAAACCCUAAGCUCGCGCAGUUACUUGAGAAGUGCUGGGAGCAAAAUCCUACCAACAGGCCAGACUUCACAGAAAUUUUGCAAACACUGAAUGAAAUUGCAGAGGAGGUCCCCAUGGAUCCUAACAAGCUCCACAAGGAGAAGGAAAAAGGAGGCAGCUUCUUUUCAUUUGGGAAGGGCCAUUGACAGGCUAUUCUGCUGCAUUUGUGUCACCACUGGAGUUGUACAUUUGCCACUGUACAGAUAGAUUUACGUUUCUUCGAUAACAAUUUUUCUUUGUGAAGACGUCGGUUUUCCAUGGUCUAUGCAAUUGUAUAGUGUGGUUGCCUGAUUAACAUAUCAUUUGAAAUCUAGAGUUCACCAGGAUGCA